AUGAUUCAAUUAUAAGAAGCUCUUUUUGGAAAAGAUAUAGUAAAAAAUAUUCAUAUAUUAGGAAUCAGCUAUAGUAAAUAAUGAAGAUGAAAUAAACUUCUUAGCCUAAUAUGUUCUUUAAAAAAUCAAUGUGCUUGAAGUACAAGAUCAAAAUUCUUUUAAUAAUUAGUCUACAUUUGCCUAUAAAUUUGGUUCUGUGUACAUUGAUACAUGUAAUUAAAUAGAGAAGCAAUUUAACCAUAAGUCAAAACAUAAUUAUCUUUUGUAUAAAUAAAAAAUUGAAAUUGUUAUUGCAAAAAAAGUAAGAAAAAUAGCAAAGGAAAAAUAAAACUCAUUGUAUUUGUAACUUCUUUAACCUUUAAAAUAAAAAUAUCAAAAAUUUGAUAUAACUUUGUCAAAAAAGAAAAAUAUUAUUUCAUUAAAUGAAGAAUAUUAAUAAAGUUAAAUGAAAUUUGUUUAAAGCAUCUAUCAAUUUUAACCCAAAUGUAUGAAUUGGGUUUUGAUUAAAUUUGAAGAAAAAUUGAAGAAAAAAUUGAUAUAUUAAACAAUUGAAAUAUAAAAAGCAAUUACACAAAAACAAUACUACAAACCUAUAGUUAAAUAUUAUGUUGAAAAUUAUUUAAUUAAUUAAAAGUUUUAGAUGUUGAAUAAAACUGUUAUCAUACAACUUAUAGAAUUUGCAUAUUAAAUGAAUAAAUCAAAAUUUUAAGAUGUUCAAUUAGGUUUUUAAAAAUUCAUUUUAGAGUUAUCUAGUAUAUAGUAUCUUUAAUUAAAUUAAGAUGACAUUAACUAGAUAUUUAAUUAAAAAGAGUAAAGGAUUUAAAAGUACUUUUUUGAAAAUUUUUCAGUAAAACAAACAAUGGAAUUAAUUAUUGAACUCUUCAUUUUAUUAUCAGGUUUUAAAUAUAACAAUAAGUCAAUGUAUAUUGAAAAAUAUUAACCAUCAAGCCAUGCUUUUUUAUUAAAAUUUUGUUAAGAAAUCAAUGAUGGCAGAUGGGAAUUUACUAAUUCUUAAAUCUUAAAGCUGGCUGAUAAGGUUCUGGGAAAAAUUCAUUACUAAAUAGUUUAAUAGUUAAAUGAAAAAUCAACAAAUAUAGUAGUUCUUAAUAUUAAAAAUAAGAAAGAGAAAAUUUAAAUUGAACUUUUUGGUCAGAAUCGAGAAGCUUUAUCUAAAUUUAGAUCAAAAAAUUAGGCUUACUAUUUUUCUUCUUUAUAUUAAAACAAUGAUCGAUAAGACAAAAUUGAUGAUAUACUUUCUGAUAAGUUUACUAAAUUUAUCAGUAAUAUCGAAUAAUUGAAACCAUAAGAUUUAAAACGAUAUGCGAAACCAGAAAUGUUCUAUUUAUAAUCUCUAAGUGGAGGUAAGCUGAGAUCUAAUGUGAUCACUAUAUUUGUAAAUGGAUUCAUAACAUAAAGUGACCAGAAAGUAGCUAAUCUUUGGCCAUUUAAUUAAGAUUCUUAUCUUGAAACAUUAGUUCUUGGGUGGAGUGCUUCAUGCUAUAAAUCUAUUUUAAAAUAUGGUGGAUUGGUUUCCCUUUUUGCUUCCUCAUUAUUGGGAUUUGCAAUAUUUGGGAUUGUGGGUUUGGCUUCUAAAACUUUAAUGUAAUUUAACGAAGCCUAUAAAGAAGCAAAGAUAGUUGGAAAAUAUUUAGCUUAUUUUCUUGAAUAAAAUUAUUUAGGGACUAAAUCGAUAAAUCUAAUUGGUUUUUCUCUGGGAACGGUAAUAGUAUACUAUUGUUUAAAAUAAUUAAUUAAAUUACAAAAGAAAGAAAAAUAUUAAAUAAUACACAACGUAUUAAUGAUGGGAGGAGUUGCAGAUAAGAAUCUAUUAUCAAAAUUGGAUUACAGAUGUAUUUCUGGGACCUUUCAUAAUGUUUAUGGUGAAUAAGAUAAUGUAUUACAAUAUGCACUUCCUGUGUAUAAUAAAGCAAUCAAACCUUGUGGUAAAUAUUAAAUUGAUGUUAUAUUAGGACUAAAUUCAGUUGAGAGUAUGUAUCCAAAUGUGAAGAAUCACAAUUUUACUUAAAAAGUGACAGGCCAUCUAAAAUAUUAAGGAGAAAUAAUAAAAGAAAUAUUAAAAUUGACUAAUUUUGAUGAUCAAUAUCUAAUAUUUUGA